AUGGCCGAUACCGAGAUCCCCAGACCUGACGAGCAACAAGCUCCCAGAACUCCUCACCAAAAUGUUCGGACCAACGGUCGCGCCUUCAACUCCGCGAACUGGCGCAUGAAGGGCGAAGAAAGCCCUCAACCCCCCCCCCCCUCCCCGCGAACCAAUACCUCCCGCACCGCCUUUAGUCGUCCAGGAUCCCAUGUGCCCCAAGCUAUUUCCGAUGGCCGCCGCCUGUAUGUGGGCAACAUGCCCUAUACGGCCAAGUCCGAGGAUGUUGAAGCACUCUUCACAGCUUCCGAGUUCUCCAUCGAGCGCAUCGACAUUGCCAUUGAUCCCUUCACCGGCCGGAACCCUUCGUACUGUUUCGUCGACCUGCACACAAAAGAACAGGCUGAGCGGGCCAUGAUCGACUUGGAUGGAAAGGAUAUGCUGGGUCGUCCCGUUAAGAUCAAGCCCGGCGUGGCCAAGUCAUCGGCCGAGCGUGCCAGUGAACAGCAGCAGCAGCGAUCGCCGAUUAACGUGGACCGAUGGCGUCGUUCGGAUGCUGAGGGUUUGCCCAAGAUCAGCUCGCCCAGCUUCAGCUCCAACUCCAACUCCAACUUCAGCUCCGAAUCGAGUCAACGCGUAUACGUGGGUGGAUUGCCCCGUGUGGCCGAGCCUGAGGUGUUAGAGGCCCAGAUGAAGGUCUUUUUCCAAGGAUACACCGUUGAGAAAGUGAGCAAGCUGUUCUCCCCUCACCCCGCGAAGCGAUUCGAGCCCGGCGAGCACUAUUAUCUGUUUGUCGAUCUCGGAAGUGUGGAAGAGGCUCAACGGGCCCUCAACACUUUGAACGGACAACAAGGACCGUGGGGUGGCCCGAUCCGCGUGCAGCGGGCGCGGGGCACGACCAUCACCAAGCCGGAAGAGCGCAUUAGCCCCGAGGCUCAGCUUUAA